AAAUUAAAUGGAGUACUUAACUAAUGAAAAACUCCUUAAAUAAUAACAAUCAGCUCUAUUUUCCAUCAGCAAUUCUCGUUCUAAUAGUGUUUCGCGAUUUCCUAUUCCUAGUCAGAGAGCCGCUCCUGAUCCAGUUCAACCGCUAAGAUCUGCAGAUUUGUUUAAUAAAUUAGAAGACAUAUUGAAAUAGAAGUAGCUUAGUACUACAACAAGAAAGAGACAGAAGCAAAUAUCAUGUAUUUUGAAUUCAUAAGCUUGUCAUGAGGAUAAAAAAUAACAAAACAUAGAGGCGAGUUAUUAUAAAUCACCUAUUAGAUUACUUGAUGUACCUGUAAAUGGCUUCAUUGAUGUAAUAUGUUUAUAGUUAUUAUGAUCUAUAGAAUAAUAUUGAAGUCAGAAACAGGAGAGAAACUAUACUUAUUGGAUCACCUCCCUUUAACUAAUAAAAUUAAAGCAGCAAAAAGAGAAAUACUAUUUAAAAUCAAUUUCAAGAAAAUUUAAAUUAAAAAAAAAAAGAGAGCCUUAAAAGGUUUGAAGUUGAGUUUAACAAUAUGCAAGAAAAAAUUAGAGGAAGAAACAAUGUAUAUAAUCCAUUUCUCCUAUUAGUCUGUCUUAUAUGAGGAAUAAGAUAUAAUAAAAAGAAAUUAAAUGAAAGAAAAAAAAGUAGAUUUGAACAUCAGUACUUCUAAGGAAAACAAUACGACAUUAAAUAAGUUGAAUCAUCAAUUACAAAUACAAAAUAAUCAUCUAUAAGAAUAGUUAAUUUUUGAAUAAAAUUAAAAUACUAAAUUAAAUAUGCUCAUUAAUAACUUAAAUGAUCAAAUCGCAGGAUUACAUAAGUAAUGUAUUCUCUAUUUCAUAGACAAAUGACUCAAUAACAAUAAUAGAAUAAUGAAGAUUGCAUCAUCAAAGAUAAUUUUAUUAAAUAAUUUCAUUCAAAAAUUGAAUAGUUAGAAAAUGAAAUUAAAUAAAAAGAUCAACUGAUUAAUAAUUUACAGUAACAAAUAUCUGAAUUCAAUAAUGUGUAUAAAGAAAUGCAAGAAUUAGAGAAUCUAUGUUCUUCAAUGUCAUUUUUAGGUAAAUUGUGUAUUGGACAUAAUCAUUUGAUUCAAGAAAUCAAAGAUUUAUUGUAAGUGUAGUAGAACAUCAUUGAAAAAGUAACCAAUAACAAAGAUUUUCCAAUCGAUUAAUUAAUUAUCUAAAAGAGAUAGAAAAAACAUAAUCCGCAGAGUUAAGUUGAUUAUUAAUAAUUAUGUCAAGAGACCACGAGUAUCUUGGAGAAUAUCAUUAAAUAAAUCAAAAGUUCUAUUGAAUAAUUAACAGAAAGAUUCAUUCAUGACUUACUUAUUUGA